AUGGUUUCGGUGCAAAACCUUAAAACUGACCAACUUCUCAAUUUUUUAUUUAAAAACCCUACCAAAUUUCUCUCUCGUUUCUCUCCGAUGGCCAAGAACAAGACUUUGGUUACUCCAUCAACGGUGAAGAAGUCAUCUGACGUCGCAUCUACGUCAAAGAAACUGUCGGGAGUCGCAUCUCCAGCGAAGAAACCGUCGGGUGUCACAUCUCCGGUCAAGAAGCCGUUGGAAGCCGUCGCAUCAACUUCAUCUGAGGAGGAGGAGGAAGAUGAGCCUUCCAGCGAUUCAGAGUCGGGAUCGGAGAGUGAGUCUGACACUGAAGCUGAGCCGAUGACUCUUGCUGCUGCUGCUCCUUCUUCUUCGAAUGAGAAGAGACAAAGUGAAGGAAAACCAGAGGAGGAACGAGCCAAGACUGAAACAGAGACGGGGAAGAAGCCACUGUUGUUUCAGAGAUUGUGGACUGAUGAAGACGAGAUCGUCUUUCUUCAAGGAAUGAUCAAAUUUGCUAAGGAUACAGGUAAGAAUGUUUCCGAGGACAUGAAUGGCUUUUUCGAAAAACUUAAAGAUUCGAUUAGCUUUGAGGUGAAGACUGAUCAGUUCGUUAACAAAAUCCGGUCUAUGAAGAGAAAGUAUAUUGAGAACAAGAAAACUACUACAGAGCAUGAUAAGAAGUGUUACGAAUUGGCUGAGAUAAUUUGGGUAAGUGAUGGUGAUGCUACUGCUCUUGUGAAGCCAAAGAAGAAGAAGCUUAAGGUUGAUGAAGAAAGUGAUUGGUUCGAGAGGUCGUUUGUUGAUGGUGCGUUUAAAGAAUUGGGUCCGGGGGUUGAUGAAGAGACAUGGAAGAAGAAUUGGAGUUUGGUACCGGUGAAGAAGAGGAAGAGGAUAGAAGAAAAGGUGAAGUCCAUGCAAGCUGAUGAGCUCAAAACGACGUGGCAGAAGAUUGACGUUGUGCAUGAGAUGAGAUCUUUGAUGGCUAAAUAUGUUUAG